ACAUUAACUCUGUAGUCUGUGGUUGCUUGGCUUGAGUUGAUUGUUGCUUGAUGUGUGUAAUUAUUUAAUAAUGAAUCCGUGAAAAAAUAAAUUAUUGCUAUCUAGCACUCUAUGAGAACAAUAAAUUGAGACAAAAUAAUAAUAACAUCUGUGUGUAGUAGAAAAACUUUGUUUGGAAGAGCUUCACAAUCAUGGGAGGAUCCAAAUGCACAUAUCGCAACUGUAGCGUGAGGUCUGGUACCAAAGACGUUCAUAUGUUUCAUUAUCCUGUGUAUGACAAAAAGAGAUGUCACCAAUGGCUGGUCAACGCGCAAAAAUUUGAAUUUCUCAACCUAAAAGUGUCUCAGUUAAGGAACAGAAUUGUUUGCCAGCAUCACUUCAAAGAUGAAUGUUUUAUGAAUUAUCUGAAAGAACGACUGACUCAUUAUGCCAUACCUACGGAAGAUGGGCCUUACUGUGACUCUAGUAACACUUCAGAUGAGCAAUCAACAAUGGAAGCUAAUGCUGCUGUUAAUGUGUACUCUCUUAUACUAAACGAUAGUGAGAAUGUUCCAAACAAGUAUGUUAAUAAAAGUAAGUCCUCAAUUAUUUACGCAGAUUUUCUCACCAAUGGUGAUACCUGGGAAAAGCAGUCAUUGAAUGAAACAAUAUGGAACAAUAAAGUUGUCACUAAUGAACUUAAAUCGGAGACUAAAAGUAGUCAAAAUACUUAUGAUACACUGAAAGAGGAAUACAUUGAAAAUACUUUUAAUACUCUGCCCACUGAAAGCAAUAUAGAACUGAACACAAAAAUAUCAGAAUUUGAAAAUGCAACGCUACCUGACAUUAGUACAACAAAUGAGGUUUCAGAGCAAAUAACAAGAGUUUCAACUCGUAGCAAAAGGUCAAAUAAAGGCAAGAAGCCUGUCACUGAUGUAUUUACCAUUUCAAAUAAUGAAUUUAAAAAUUUGCUUGAUAAUCAAGGGUCAGUUAAUGUUAUUACGAAUCAGGAAACCUAUAACAAUAUUCCUUUAAAUCAAGAUUUGAAUGAAUUACUUUUAAACCAAGAGAAUAAUAAUAUGAUAGCCAAUAUGAACAACUUUAAUACAUUCACUAAUGUAGUUAUUGAACAGCCAACCGAUUUAAACUUAAAAUGGCCACAAAAGGAAGACCAUACAAUGACUUCUGAAAAUAAUUAUGGCCACAUUCAACAACCCUCAGAAAUUCAGUAUCCUGAAACAUCUACUCAAUUUCAUGAAAAUAUGUUAGUUUUGAAAGGUCCCUCGGGUUACAGAAAUCCAUAUGACCCAGUAGAUAACUUUGAAGAAAAGUACGACAUUAAAGACAAUUGUAUUAUAAAUAAUAGCACAGAAGUACAGCAACAAGAAAUUCGAAAUCAGGAAAAAAAUUCAAAUAAAACUAAAAAACCUAAAAUCAAGAUACUAUGUGACAAAAAAAUCACAGGCCCUAUCAAAAUAAGUGAUAAACUGGAACCUGUUCCAGUAUCCCUGGUAAUACCAAUCAAAAAAGAAAAAAUAAGUUAUUUACAACCAGAUAUUACAAAUAAUACACAACAAACAAUUAGUACCACUGAAGUAAUCCCAAAGAAAGUUGAUGAAUUUAAAAAUAUAGUGGUAGAUAAUAAAUCAAGGCCUUUAAAAGUACAAAAUAAAAAAGGCAUGAAAAUAAGAGAAAUAAUUCCCAAACCACCUGCAAUAAAAAAUAAAAUUUCACCUGAGAGGGUUGCUGCUAUAGAAAAGAAGAGAAAUUUUAAUAAAAAGUUGCGUGAUAUAAUAGAAACAUGUUUAGAAAAACUAGAUGAACACGAUAAAAAUGCUGAAAACGUUGCAGAUAGUCCAAAGAGAAAGGAGUUGAAAGAAAAAGUUAGUUCCAAACAAAAUAUUGGUUCCUACCUCUCAAAAGAAGCUGAAUUGCCAGAUAGACAUGAAUAUACUAUGAAAUUCAUAGAAGCCAGAAUGCAGCGUAUGGAAAAUAUUUUAAUAGAUAAAAUAGAUCAAAACUCUAAAAAAAUUGCUGAGUUACAAAAGUGUGUAAACCAAAAAUCUCAGCCUCGUAAAUCAACUGCCACACAGACAUCGUGUAAGGAAGAAUCAUACAAAAAACAACUUUACCAAGAGCUGUCAAAGUUUUUAAGUCCUGAUGCUAAUAGUUUAAUUUAUGAAGAGUUGUUCAUAAAUAAAUAUGACCAAAAAAAUUCGAACCAACCUGCUCCUAAGCGACGCAAACGCAGGUGAUUAAGGUUUAAUAAGGUGUGGUGUUGUAUUGAA